AAGAAAAUCUACUACAAUUGAUUGUCAUAAUUUGAACGCUGAAAGCGUUUGACAGAGUCAAUUAUAGGCUUAUCUUGUCGGUAUUUCAACAACACUACUUCAGAACAAGGUGCUGUUUGGUAUUUAGGCUGGAUAUAUGUCCCUGUGUCCGUAACAUUGGGGCAUAUGCCGUUAUGUUUUCCUGAUUAAAAGUUUUAAAAUAACAAACAAGCAAUAAACAUGUGUCGAUAAUAUAAAUGAUUAUUACAGCAUAUAUGGACAACUCUGGAUGGAGGAGACUGUGACUUAAUCGCAAGAAAUGAAACGUAUAACAUUUGAAGAAUGCGGGCACUUGUUGUGACCGUCCCGGCAACGUCGCUCACCAAGUCUAUCGAUUUUAAGUCAUUGGAAUCGACCCAGAACAACAGGUGCAUAUCUAUCCGUAAUGCAUGUCUCGUGCAACUUCCAACCUGGCUUGACGUGUUCAGGUCUGGGUAGCAAAUAAGUUUGAUCAAUGUUAACGAUUGGGGCGCAGAAGCCGCGGACUUCCGAACGUGACACUUCCAAUGAGCGUCACUGUGAUUGGAUUAGGAUAGUCAUGGUCCUUACUACGCUUACUCGUGCCUCUACCUGGAUUGUGAUCGAGAUGUUUUCUGGACAGUGUCGAUAACUUUUCACCAUGCUUAGCUGUCUCCAUCGGAUUAACAGUGCCAAACUUGACGAUACCCAGCUGAAGCCAAAAUGUGUUGACCUCCAGCGCACGUUCAACAGGAAUGUACAUCGUACGAGUGCCUACGAGAUCCCUAACCUGAUACUGAGGAGGGGACAAACCUUCGACAUCAGCAUCACCUUCGACAGAUCAUUCAACGAAUCUACUGACAACAUUGUUCUCAAGUUUGUAACAGGGCGUCAGCCUCUCCAGAGUAAAGGGACUGUCGUACCAGUUACCAAGACCCGAGAGAUAACUCCGGCAAGGUGGGGCUAUCAGAUCCUCGGCGUCGAAGACAAAAAGGUCAACAUUAAAGUCUGUUCCGGAAGUGACGCAAUUGUCGGACGAUACCAGCUAUUUAUCGACACGACACACAAAGAGAACGACGGUACUGUAGAGACGUGUCGCUACAGUCAUCCCGACGAUAUCUACGUCAUUUUCAACCCAUGGUGCCCAGACGAUCCAGUUUUCCUGGACGACGAGAACUUGAGACAGGAGUACGUGGUAAACGAGACCGGAAGGAUAUGGAUGGGAACCGUCCGGAAGUUCUGUGUCCGUCCAUGGAAUUUCGCCCAGUUUGAUGACGUAUGCCUGGUGGCAGCUUUAGCCAUGAUGGAGAAAUCCGAGCUUGGAGAUCCCGCCAGGGGUAAUCCACUACUGGUCGUCCGUGCAUUGUCACGUGUGAUAAACAACAACGAGCGGGACGGAGGAGUUCUGAUCGGGAACUGGUCCGGUAAAUAUGACGAUGGUGUUGCACCGUACGCAUGGAACGGAAGUGCCUCCAUAUUGGAAGAAUUCUUAAAGAAGAGAAAGGGCGUUAAGUUUGGACAAUGCUGGACAUUUGCUGCCGUUGCCACAACAGUGUUCCGCGCCCUUGGAAUACCUACAAGAUGUGUGACCAACUUCAAAUCUGCGCAUGACAGUGACUUCAGCACUCAGAUCGACAACUUUUGGGCGGAGAGUGGCAAGCCAAGGAAAAUGAUGAACGAUACAAUAUGGGAUUUUCACGUGUGGAACGAGUCUUGGUUUCGCCGUUCGGAUCUCCCCAGUGGUUACGACGGUUGGCAGGCCUACGACCCGACUCCUCAAGAGUGUUAUGAAGGUGUAUUUACCUGCGGACCCGCUUCAGUAAAGGCCAUCCGGGACGGGGAGCUAUAUCUGGGCUUUGAUGCCAAGUUUCUUUUUGCGGAGGUAAAUGGUACUCGUGUUCACUGGACCGUGGAUUCAGAGGGAAAUAUGGAACCUAUAAAGGAGGAACGUGACAUCGCCGGGCACAGUAUAAGUACCAAGGCAGCGUCCACCAUCUCCCGGGAGGACGUCACCCACUACUACAAACAUCGCACAGAUUCCCAGGAGUACACCGCCGCCAUGGGCAGGGCCAACAACCUAGCGUGCCGUAACUGGAAUUCUAUUAAAAGUCCGACAGUCUCUGAUGUAGACUUUACAUGCAACGGUGAGAUGAAGAAAAAUGGCGAUAUUCAUAUCAGCUUGUGCAUGCGCAACACGAGCGUUGAGAGUAGAGUGGUGGAAGGAAACAUCACAGCCAUUUCAACAAAGUACACGUCAGUUCCCGCCACUGAACUCCGAGAGAGCACCGCAACCAACAUCUUGGAACCGGCUUCAGACGGUGAACUUUCAUUAACUGUUAAAUGCGCUGACUACAUCAACAAUAUUGACCCAGACAGCCACGUGAGCAUUUACGUCAUGGCAACAGUCAAGGAAACCGGCCAGCACUUCAUCAGAAGGGACAUAUUUAGAGCCGAGCACCCCAACCUCGACCUUAAGGCGGAGGGGACGGCCACGGUUGGGAAACCCCUGGACGUAAUAAUAAAACUUGUGAAUACACUGUCUGUACCACUGUCUGGGGGGUACAUCAACCUGGAAGGGCCGGGCAUGCAUAAACCAUCCGCAGUCAAGAUCAAAAAAUCUAUUGCUCCGGAUGAAGAAAUAAGGGAGACAAUUCAGAUAAAGCCAAGGCGUGCUGGAAGAAGGGAGAUAAUCGCAUGUUUUCAAUGUAAACAAAUAUGUGACGUCACAGGGGUAAUUGAAAUAGAAGUAGUUGGCGAAAAAUAAACAAUUAAAUAAAAUCAUAUUGAGACAUGAAUACCUGCGCUUGUAUGGCGACAUUACUGUGGCAUUAUUCGUGUUGCGUAUAAAAUUGUAUGGUGAGCUAAAUUGUUGAGUAAAAUAAUUUAAGUUGAUUUAAAUAAAUUUUGUGGCGCAAAAUAUUUGUUUGAUUAAUAUUUAGGUGAUGAGUAGGAUUUGCACGAUGAACAAUAACUCUAGCGGUGUGUUAUAUAAGUGUUAUAAGUGUCGUGUGUUAUAUUGAUAUUUAGGGUAAAUAUUUAUGUACCGUUCAUUAUUUGUGUUAUGUAAAAGUGUAAAGUAAUAUACUGGUUGGCGUGUUAAAUUGUGUUAAGUGAUGUUUGUGGCGUCCUAAAUUUGUUGUGUAAAGAUGUGUGCGACAAAUUCUUUGUGUGGCGUGUUAAUUUUUGUUUGGGGCGUAUCAUAGCUGUUGUGUAAACAUUUCAUUGGCCACGUACUAUAAUGAUUACGUAAAUACUUAUAAAGCGAAUUAUAUUGAUGUACUCUUCCUUACCUGUGCGUCUUUACUGAUAGAAAACAAUGAGAAUUCGGACUGCAAGGUAUUAUAACUGAAGAUAUGUGGGUAAACAUACUAAACACAGUGAAGGAUGUUUUUUUCCCAAUGGGGUUGGAUUCGUUAUUUUAUUGUGGACACAACAUCAGCUAGAAUGAUCAAGAGUACUGUUCUCCCGACCGAAGGCAAUAAGUGCAAUUCCUUAUACAUUGAACAUUGGAGUGCAAUAUACAUACUUAUUAAAUAUGCAAAUGUGAUAUUAACAUUGACUUAACACCCAAUAUUAAUCCUGUCAUUGUUUCUACAUUUCUUUUGAUAUUAAAUUAAUUUUUCUGCCUACAA